UGCACAUCUCUACAUUGUUUUAUUGUGAAAUCUGGCGCCGAAUUUGUUUAAAUCAGCUUAAAAUAAUAAUUAAACAUUAACAAUGGCCCGUGACUCCCUUCUAUCGUGGAUGCGAAAUCUCGGAGAGAAGGGCCGUCAAAAUGAGCUGGAGCUGCUGAUUCAAAACAAGCCCAUUAAGGAGCUAACUGACACACUCACCGCCACGAUGUGUCGCAGCGAAGGGAUAACUUUUUGGAACUACUUGCUCCUUGGCUUCAAUCCGGACAGCCAGGAGGCACGAGAGAAGCGUUUCGCCUGCGUGCGCAGUUUCAUGGACGGGCUGCGGACCGUGGAACUUAGCUACAAGCAAACCUUUGAUUUAAUCACGCGCCUGUCCCAGGACCUUGUCACCUUCUCCUCCGACCAGCUGGCCUGGAUCGUGGAGCAUUGCAUUGAUGGGCUGCGUCUGGGAGACGCCAAGUGCGUGGGCUGGAAGGAUCUGCUGCCGGAUGCCCUGUCCCUGCUGUCGGCCAGGCCGCGGUUCCUACUCAAUGGCAUAUAUGUGGAAGGAGCUGAGUACAGAAAGACGACAGUUCGAAGCAUUUCCACCAUGCAGUGGCCAUCAACGAUCCUCACGCCCAUUGCCGAUAUGUUCAAGGAAAUGAACCUCAGCAGUGCCGAGGUGGUGACCGUGCUGAACAAGUUCUCUGGCGCCCUGCAGGAGCAGUCUCCCAUGGAGCUGCCAGCCCUGUGCUUUCAGCUCUUUUCCAUGUGCACCACUGCCUCUCAGUUGAUAAUUCCACUGCUGGCACUGGAGAAGUACUUCCAUCGCAAUUUUUACAAGCGCCUGUUCUCGGACAUGUGCAGCAAUUCCACAAACCUGGAUAGCAUUGACUCCUAUUCGGACAAGGAACUGCGGGAGGCGGAGGAGACCAUAUUGCAUCACUUGAACUACUGUACCAUGUACAAGCUUACAGAGAAGCACUUGGCCAUAAUGCUGAGAAACUUCCAGCACAUGCCCGAUGUGGUCCUAACUCCCUUUAUGCUAAGUGCCAUUAUAUCCAUGACGAGCAUAAACCGCGAUCCAGAGUCUGCACGCACCUCUCACUCCGUACUGCUGCCGUUUCUGCGUAAUGUGAUCAAAAAUAACGAAGAAGAGCGAACCUUGGCCGACUAUUCCGUGUGGUAUCGGGACACUUUGCAGCGCAAGCAGGUCGACCUGCAGCAGGUUUUCGCUGUGCUCAUAGACCAGAACAAGGAUGGCAAAGAUGUGAUCACACCCGGCCUGGUUCAUCUGAUAUUUAACCUGCUCAAGUCGCAUUCCCCCAAGAUGCACACUUUGUCCAUUACCUUUCUAACUAAGUUUAUACGCAAGCGAUUUAUUUUUGGCCAGGGAAUAAUUAAGCGGAUUUCCGAAUGGAUGAUUGUAUACCAGGAUCAGAAUCAGUUCUCGGAAUGCCUCACCCUACUGAGCGUGGCCGAUACGUACACCGUCUCGGAGUGCAUAAAGACCAUUCAAAACGUUAUGGAGCACAUGCAAUGGCUUUCUGGUGAGCAAGCCAUGCGCAUGAUGAACUUUAUUUUGCCUUUAUUGAAGAUAUCCAAUCGCGUACGCGAUGCUCUGAUUGAUGUUCUGUGCAAGGCCAUGAGCUCAAGCGGCAUCCAAAAACGUCGAAUGGCCAUCUAUGGCUUCUGCAUGAUCCUGAAGCAGCUUAACAACAGCAAUGCCGCGCGUCAGACUUCAAGUGCCACCAGCUUCUGUACGCAACACAGUAUUUCCGGUUACUCCAUAAUGACCCAGAACACGCUGGGAAGUCGCAGCAAUCCUCAGCGUAACUUUGACAUGCUGACCCUGGAAAUUAUAGGAAUGUUGCGAAAUUGCCUGCAGCAGCAGUUUGAAAUUCGUUGUACCCUUUAUGAGAAUCUCCAAAGGGCCGUUGAGUUGAAUGCCAAACUGGUGCCCCAUGUCCUGCAGGUCAUAGAUUGGCACUUUCGUAGCUUCUUUGAAACGCCCUCGGCGGAAGAUGCUGGCGAUGAUCUGGAUACGGUGUUUCGCAUUCGCUACGAUCAGUUAGUCAGCGCCAGUGAUGAACAGCAUAUGGAGAUUCAGCUCAACGAUAACCUGGGCCGGCUCAUUCAGUUUGUGGCCAACUGUUUGGCCAUCUUUGAGCGGGCGCCAUCGGGCUACGACACUCGAGAGAUGAAUCGCCUCAUGAACCUUUGUGAGCAGCGGAUGGCCGCCAAUAGAUUGCCAUUGGAGGAUAUUGCACCCCCAGCCACGCAUCUUAAGUGCGCAUUGGUUUUGCAGCAAUUUAAUAUAAUCGAAGGACUUAUAUCCCACUUGUUGCUUCGGUCUAAGCCGCAAAACGAUGCUGUAUCGCAGAUUCUGCCACUGUUUAAUCAGCAUCUUAAGCUCUUGGAGAACCUUAAAACCCUGGCGGGUGCCUCUAAAAAGGGUUUAAAACAGUCAGCCAAGCAAACGGGCAACAACACAACGCGAUUUAAUACGCUUAAUCUGACCAUGAACGGGGUCCCAGUGAAGAGCAUGUGCACGCAGCCGGAGAAUAUUUGGGAUCUGGCUAUACUAGAAAAGCUGCUGCAUCUAUUGCUAGAUGACGUUGUGGCCUUUGCUGCUCCCGAGAAGACCACUCUCCUGCGCUCAAAUCAGCCUCUCGUUCGCUAUACUAUAUUGACUACUGCCCAACGACUGGAGGGCAUACGCCAAGAGCCGGACUAUAAGCAGCUUAGCUAUAGCAAGCGGACCUUUAAGCAGCUGGCGGAUAUUACCAAGGUCAUCUACGAGCGCUGCAUUCGUCGCCUGCCCCAGUUGUGGCGGGACUUUGACAUGGCCAGCUCUGCCUUGGCCGCUCAGUGUUUUGCCGAGUGCCUGAGGACGGCCCAUCAGACCUACCCCAAGAAGUUCCACGAAUUCGUCAGGGUAUUUGAUAUGGCAUCCUUAAACAAGAGCAAGGAAGUCACCUACGUUGUACAGGAUGUCCUGGACGAGUUUAUGUUGGAGUACGGCAGCGAUGAAGCCAUCUGCAACGAUGAAUCCGUUGCCAAGGUGCCGAUUUACCUUUUGGAGGCACUAGAAAUACUGCUGGAUCACAUUGAGUUCGGAGAGCGAGCUGCCACCGAGUCAUACACUUGGCUGCUGGGCUUUUGCAACAAGCACGAGAUCCUCAAUGGCGAGAUGGGUAUCGUACAUCGAAUGCUAUUUACCCAGCGUCAGAAAACGCAUUCGGGACCAUUCUUUGAGAGUAUUGCCAGGCAAUUGGGACAUGUCCUUGGCACCCAAAAUGACAAUUUGGCUUUGGAUUCCAUGGAGCUGAGCCUGAAGUCGAUAAGUACCGUGACUGCCGAGAGCUGUCUGCAACACCUCUAUGCAGCCAUCCAGAAGCAGUUGACGGAUGUGGACUACUUUGUUACCAAGGCCAAUAACUUGAACUACAAGUGCCAGAUAGUUCCCGAAACGGAUCAGAUAUACUGGCGGGGUAACCUCGAUGCCAUGGAUCGUUCUAUUUGCACUCAAAUAAUCCACAUAUCGCGCACUUUGCUGUGGCUCACCCACCUGUGCAUUCCGCUGGGUGCCUCGAUGGACGGUCUGAUGAAGCUGUUAAUCCAGCACUAUACGUGUCUGAAGAAUCUGGCCAAGCACUACAUAUUCUGCUACUCAUCCGAUGGAAGCGUGGAGAAUAUUCGAAGCACCAAAUUCGAGCUGCUGCUGAGAGACGUGGGCAAACAACUGCCGGCCAAUGUCUAUGAGCUCAUUACCUACAUUGAAGCGAACACCCUGGAUGAGGAUGCCCAGCAGCAUAUUAAAAAGCGCAAGGUUCAGGCUGAGCGAGCCAAGAUUCUACGGGAGACAAGGCUCAUACCCAAAGUCAUCAUGGUUAUUGAGGACUUUAACAAGCACAUUAUCCUGCUGUCCAAGAAGACCAAGACUCAGAACAGGCUGACUGACUACCUGCACUUGGGCACCAUGCGUGACUUUGACAUCAAGUCGACCGAUCUGAAGGCGGCCAUAGAGCGAAGCUUAUCGGAUGGCCGUAAUAUCUCCGGAGAGGAGAGUAAUGCGGAGGAUCCGGAGGAGGCUGUAGAGGAGGAUGCCCAGUCCACCACAUAUCCGGAGGAAGAGAGUGGUGAGGAGGCUGAAACUGAGGCAGAGCCUGAGGAGAUUGAAGAGCCCGUAGUUGUGGAAAAGAAGAACCAGCGCCGUAGGCGUGCUCCCAGCAGUGAGUCGGAGGAUACGCAACCGAAACGGAAAAGAGGUCGCAAGCCUGCCAGUGAAAAGCAGGAAUCUAAGGCAGAGCUGCCACAAGCAAAGAACCCUAAAAAGGAUUCAAAUAAGCAGCCCAAAAAGACAGCUCAAACCGCAUCAGACGAGAAUAAAAGGCCCAAGAGAUCCACAGAACAGAAAGGGGAAAACCAAAAGACAAAGCAAGCCACGCCAGAAAAACCCGCGGCCAAAGAUAAGCCUCAAGUCAGCCGCCGCUUAGGUCUUGGCCGCUCGGGGAAAAAGUGAGUUU